AUGAAGUACUCUACUUUCAUUGUCGCCGCGGCAGCUGGUUCUGCCACCGCUGCUUCUUCUGCUGCAUACGGCCAAUGCGGUGGUAACGGAUGGACUGGUGCUACUGACUGUGUCUCUGGCUACCACUGUGUUGCCCAGAACGACUGGUACUCUCAGUGCAUUCCUGGUACUGGAUCCGGUUCCAGCGCUCCUGCUGCCACCACUAAGGCCGUCACUUCGGCCCAGGCUGCCACUACUCAGGCUCCUUCCAAGGCUCCUGUCUCUACUAGCAAGGCUGCUUCUGCCUCCUCUGGCAAGGUCAAGUACGCUGGUGUCAACAUUGCUGGCUUCGACUUCGGCAUGGAUACCAACGGUGCUUCUUCUGGCGGCUACGUCGACCCCGGAACCACUGGUCAAAACCAGAUGAACCACUUCGUCAAGGACGACAAGCUCAAUGCCUUCCGUCUCCCCGUUGGCUGGCAAUACCUUGUCAACAGCAAGCUCGGUGGUAACCUCGACACCACCUUCUUCGCCAAGUACGACCAGCAGAUGACCUACUGCUUGAACUCUGGAGCUGCUCUCUGUAUCCUUGACCUCCACAACUACGCCCGCUGGAACGGCCAGAUUGUUGGCUCCAGCGGCGGUCCUACCAACGCCCAGUUCGCGAGCAUUUGGUCCCAGCUCGCUACCAAGUAUGCUAGCAAGCCCAAGGUUGCUUUCGCUAUCAUGAACGAGCCCCAUGAUCUUCAGGAUAUCAACGCCUGGGCUACCACCGUUCAGGCCGCUGUCACCGCCAUCCGCAAGGCAGGUGCCACCCAGAACAUGAUUCUGCUUCCCGGCAAUGACUGNGACAACGGCUCCGCCGCCGCCCUGAACAAGAUCACCAACCUUGACGGCAGCAAGAGCAACCUCGUCUUCGACGUCCACCAGUACUCCGACUCCGACGGCAGCGGCACCUCCUCCACCUGCGUUUCCUCCUCCUCUAACAUUGCAGGCUUUACCAAGCUCGCCAACUGGCUCCGCAGCAACAACCGCCAGGCCAUGCUCACCGAGGCCGGUGGCUCUAACGACCAGUCUUGCUUGACUGCCGUCUGUGAUGUUCUUAACUACCUCAUGACCAACUCUGACGUCUACCUUGGCUGGACUGGUUGGUCUGCUGGUAUGUUUGAUACUAGCUACGUUCUUACUGAGACUCCUACUGGCAGUGCUGGAAGCUACAAGGAUCAGGCUAUUGUUACCAAGUGCAUUGCUGGUGUUUUCAACUCCAAAUAA